UCGUUACAGUAUGGACAGCUUCACUGACAACAAAAAACUGAAAUGUGGGCAUGAAUUCUGUCGGGAAUGAAUGAGUAUGUCAGUGGAGAGUCUGGGACCCAUCUGUCCUGUGUGUAAGGAAUUCUUUGGGAAAAUGGAGGGGAACCAACCGGAUGGAACAAUGAAAGUAAUGAAGAACAGAUUGAGUCUCCCUGGAUACCCAGAUUGUGGUACAAUUGAAAUACACUACGACAUUCCCAGCGGCAUUCAAAUGAAAAAGCAUCCAAACCCUGGGCAGUAUUUCCCUGGCGCAAGACGUCAUGCAUACUUGCCUGACAACCGCGAAGGACGGGAAGUGCUUUCACUGCUGCAGAGAGCUUUUGAUCAGAAACUGAUCUUUACUGUUGGGACCUCGACAACCUCUGGUUUAAAGAAUGCUGUCACCUGGAAUGAUAUUCAUCAUAAGACCAAUACACAUGGCGGGCCUCUAAAUUAUGGCUAUCCAGACCCUGACUAUCUGAGGAGAGUAAAGGAUGAGUUGAAGGCCAAAGGCAUUGAGUGAGGAUUGGAUUUAUGUUCCCAAAUGCACAUCUAAGCCUAAUAUUUAAAAAUAAGAAAUUAAUUGGUUCUUAUGUUAUACUUAAUUUAUAUACAGUGAUUUUCAGAAGUAUUCAGACCCUUGACUAGUUUACUGAAAAACAAACGAUGUAUUGAACUCUUGUUCUGUGUGAAGCAAAAAAUAAAUCUCUUCAAUCUCGAAA